AUGCUGGGGGAUGCCUGCCUGACAGCACGGCUCCUCCUUGCUCUCACCCUUUGUGUUCCCGGUCGUGCCAACGAUUUUUCGAGUGCCAGCAUGAAUCAAGAUUUCCCGCUGACCAGGGGGCUGAACAUUCUGUCGGUCACUCUCGCAUCCAACUUGAAUAUCCAAGGUAGUCAGGGUUCUGCUGUGUUCUUCAAGAACAUGCAAAGCGUACGAUCAGAGAAGACGGUCGGGAUUGAGGCGUCGGGGAGCAACAUCGGCAGCAGUCUGUUCUCAGGCGUCUAUUGGGAAGGGGAUUUGCUGGUGUUGCCCUUGAAGUCCGCGCAGAGCAUCGCUCAGGGCACGACCUAUGCGUUCUCUCUUGUUGUUGUCAACCCAGCGACUAGUCAAAGCGCCCCUUCUAUCUCCAUCGCUGCAAAUGGCUCAGGGUCAAACAGUUUUCAACUGGUGACAAGCAGCGCCUUAUCUGUCUAUGGUGUGGACUUAGGAGGAAUGCCGCUGUACGUGAUCCAACCAUACUUCACCACGGCAAGAUGA